AUGAUUCUCAUAAGUUGGAACUGUCGAGGGCUUGGGAACCCUCGAACAGUUCAGGACCUUUGCUAUAUGGCAAAGGAAAAGAAGCCCAAAAUUAUGUUUCUUAUUGAAACAUUACUUGUUACUAGUAAGCUUGAGGGGGUUAAGAAGAGGGUGGGUCUUGAAAACUGUUUUGGUGUGGAUCCUGUGGGUAGAAGUGGAGGGCUUGCAAUGUUAUGGAGUGGAGAUUUAGUGGUAGAAAUUCAGAACUACUCGAGGUGGCAUAUAAGUGCUUGGGUAGAGAAUGAAGUUACCAAACAAAGAUGGCUCUUUACAGGGUUUUAUGGCCAUCCCGAGACUGCAAAAAGAAACAUGUCAUGGGAGUUGUUAUGUCCUUUAAAACCACCAGUUCUAAUCCCAUGGUGUGUAGCUGGUGAUUUUAAUGAACUAGUGAGCCAAUCAGAAAAGUUUGGAGGAAGACAAAGGGGGGAAGCUCAGAUGUGCAGGUUUAGAGAGGCUUUGGAAGCAAAUGAUCUGUGUGAUCUGGGGUAUAAGGGAGAUAAAUUCACAUGGAGUAAUGGGCAUAUAGAUGAUACUUUUACAAAAGAAAUGCUUGAUAGAUGUGUAGCGAACAGUAGUUGGAGGGAGAUUUUUAAUGAUGUGUGGGUGGAAACUUUACCAGCAAGAAACUCAGACCACAAGCCUCUAGUGGUGGGGUUAUCAACUAUCCAGUUGAGAAGGCAAAGGUACAGUAAACCUUUCAGAUUCGAAGCUGGUUGGACAAAAGAUAAAGAGUGUGAGGAAGUGGUGUUGAGGGAGUGGGAAAACACUAGGAGAAAUGGUGGGUUGUUGGGGAAAAUAAAAGAGUCUUUGAGGAACUGUGGAAGGAGAAAGAGGAAUAGAAUUUGUCAAGUGAGGGACUUACAAGGCAGAGUUAUGAAGGAACAAGGGGAGAUUGCAAGAGCUUUCAAGCUGCAUUUUGAAGAGAUUCUUUCCUCAAGAGUACCUUCUGUGGAAGAGCUGGAAGUUUGUUUGCAGAAAGUGGAGAAAAAAGUAACCCCAGAAAUGAAUGAUACACUGCUGAAAGAUUUUAAUAAGGCUGAAGUGGAGAAAGCAAUUUUUCAUAUGGGUCCUUUCAAAUCACCAGGCCCCGAUGGUUUUGGGGCCUGUUUUUUUCAACAGUAUUGGCAUAUAGUGGGGGAGGAAGUGUACCAGGCAGUUCUGAAUUUUCUAAAAGGAGGAGGGGAUUUGGAGCAGAUGAACUAUACUUUUAUUGCCCUAGUCCCUAAAGUUAAAGACCCUGAGCUGGUUAGUGAAUACAGACCUAUAAGUCUGUGUAAUGUCAUGUAUAAGAUAGUGGCAAAAGUUCUAGCAAACAGACUAAAGGUGGCGCUAACAGAUGUUAUUUCACAGUAG